ACUGCGCGGUGCCCGGUUGAGGAAGUGCCGCCGGUGUCCGUGCCCACCGCUCUCCGUCCGGUUCCGCCGCCCGGGAUGUGCUGAGGGCGCGUCCGCCGCCCCUCCCAGGCGUGAAUGACAGAGGAGGUGCCGCCGAGCGCCCUGACGGAUGUGACCCUGCGCCUGCUGUGCCACGAUGACAUAGACACGGUGAAGCAGCUCUGUGGAGACUGGUUCCCAAUCGAGUACCCUGACUCAUGGUACCGAGACAUCACUUCCAACAAGAAGUUCUUUUCCCUCGCAGCCACCUACAGAGGCUCCAUCGUGGGGAUGAUCGUGGCAGAGAUCAAGAGCAGGACCAAGGUGCACAAAGAGGAUGGAGAUAUCCUAGCUUCCAAUUUUCCUGUGGACACUCAAGUUGCUUACAUCCUAAGCCUUGGAGUGGUGAAGGAGUUCAGAAAACAUGGAAUAGGUUCCCUCUUGCUUGAGAGCCUGAAGGAUCACAUCUCCACCACUGCCCAGGACCACUGCAAAGCCAUCUACCUGCACGUGCUCACCACCAACAACACAGCAAUAAACUUCUAUGAGAACAGAGACUUUAAGCAGCACCACUACCUGCCCUACUACUACUCCAUCCGAGGGGUCCUCAAAGAUGGCUUCACCUAUGUCCUGUACAUCAACGGUGGGCACCCACCCUGGACAAUUUUUGACUACCUACAGCACAUUGGCUCCACACUGGCCAGCCUGAGCCCGUGCUCCAUCCCCCAGAGGAUCUACAGACAGGCCCAGAGCCUCCUGUGCAGCCUCCUGCCCUGGUCUGGCAUUUCUGCCAAGAGCAGCAUCGAGUACAGCCGGACCAUGUGACGGACUGGGGCGCACGGGGAGCGCAGGAUUGUUUCUCCUUCCACCUGACACCCGGCUCUGCACUGGUUCCAGUGAUGACAGCUCUUGGCCGGUGACCCAGCCCCCGGACGGGACUCCUGUUCCUCAGGGCCUGACCUUUGGUAGAACUUCACCCUUGGGGCUGCAGCCCCGGCUCCCCACGUGGGCGGGGCAGGCCGGGCCGGGCGGGCCCGGGCGUCACCACUGGGUGUGCCCUGGAUGUCACACUCGGUGUGCCCCGGUGUCACCACUCACUGGGUGUGCAUGCUGCACUGUCCCCGCCUCUCCCCUCGGUCUGCUCCUCCCAUACCUGCGAUCGAUGUCGGGGUGGGGUUCAGCUGCUGCUCCCACUCCAUCCACAGCUGCUCAGAGCAGCUCAGGGGGUACAUGGGUUUGCACUGAGGAACCACUGAAAUGGACUGGGAGAGCCCAGCUGCCCAGAGGCUGCCCUUGCAGCUGGGGCAGGGCAAGGAGGGAUGGGAAUCAUGUUUAGGUCCUGCCACAUCAGCUGCUGGUGCGUCCUGUGGGAACUUCCAGGGAGAGCAACUGCCUCGCAUGAGAACCCACCCAGCCCCACCAGCCCUCUGGAGUGAUGUAAAAAGAAGCAUAUAAUUCAGGAUGCAUAAAGUAGAAGGCAGGGAAUGAAAUUGCUAUUUCAUAGUGAAAUAUAUAUGUAUUAUACUGUA